AUGGCUCCUGCACCUAGUGUUAAUGAUAUGCUGAGCAAUUGUUCUUAUGAGCGAUUGCUUGAUCGGAUUUCUCAUUACGCGGAUUUUUGUUUAAGUGUGUUAAAUGUUCCAUACAAGAAUUUUCCUUAUGUCGCUCCUCGUUGUGGUGACAAGAUCAUAAAUCAGGGGGAAGAAUGUGACUGUGGCACCUUAAAAGAUUGUGCUGAGGAUAAAUGUUGUGAGACCGAUUGUUCCCUGUCCGUUGGCUAUAAAUGCAGUGAAGGAGGUUGCUGUGUGGACUGUAAAUAUGCCCCACCGGGAUGGAUUUGCAGAGACACGCUCGGCAUUUGUGAUCUACCAGAAUACUGUAAUGGACAAACGCCUGUCUGUCCAAGUGACUCUUACAUCCAGGAUGGAACCCCAUGUUCAGCAUUAGCGGUUUGUGUGAGUGGAAACUGUAGCGACCGUGACGCGCAGUGUCAAGCCCUUUUUGGCUACCAGGUAAAAGAUGGUUCACCAGCAUGCUAUAAUAAAUUGAAUAUAAAGGGUGACCGAUUUGGAAACUGUGGGCUGAGGACUGCGCGAGGAAGAGGACACCCUUCUGAAUGUGAAGCAAAGGAUGUCUUUUGUGGAAUGUUGCACUGUAGUCAUGUCCAAGAAGUUCCUGGAGGGGGCGAGCACACUACAUUUCGUCAUAUAUUAGUAGACGCUGUUCGACAAGAAAAAUGCUUUGGAUUUGAUGUACAUUUUGGGACAGAAGUGCCAGAAUUCGGACUUGUAGUGGAUGGCGCCACGUGUGGGCCAGGAAAAUACUGUUUUAAACAGAAUUGUACUUUUUAUCAAGACAUGCGUUUUGACUGUGAUGUGAAGACAUGCAGUUUCAGAGGGGUGUGCAACAACAAGAAACAUUGUCACUGUCAGAAAGGAUGGAGCCCCCCGUUGUGUAAGAAAGGAGGAUCGGGUGGGAGUAUAGAUAGUGGCCCCCCACCCGGCCGAGAACUAGGUGUCCGCGGCAAAGUAAUUGUGAGUGUAAACCGAGCACUACUUCUAAUGUUCAUUCGUUCACUACUUGUAGUGCUUGCAAUCAUUAUUGGAGGCUUUUCACAAUUGGCUGCAAGUAAGGAGCAGGAAAAAUUAAACCUGGCAAGAAAAAGAAUCCCUUGAACCGCCCUGAAUGCUAACUGGGAACUACACAAUGG